AUGCCUUAUCCCUGGCAAGAUGUGGCCUUCGGAGCUCGGCCAGUCCAGCAAGCCCAGGUCCUGAAACAUCUCAGGCUCCGGCCAGGCAAGCGCCUCCCUUUCUUGGACCUCCCGGCGCGUGAAGGCCUCCCUUCAGGGCUUCGCGUGGCAUCGCUUCCGAAAGAGGCGAUCUCGCUCGCAACAACGGAGCUCAACAAGAGCAUCCUCUCCGACCGAGUGCUGGAGCUGGGCCUGAGCUUCUACGCGGUGAAGUCCCGCCACGGUGCGGCUCGGAACGGCGUGCGGCUGCGGGGUGCCGCGGCGGCGCCAGUGCACCGGGUGCAGAGCUUGCGUGCUUUGCCUGCCUGCCUACGGCUGCUCGGGGAAGCGCUCCAGCUUUUGGGGCUCGGGACGGCACUGCUCCAAGCGGAGAGCCGUUGCAACGGCCUUGCGCGGCGCUACGCCAAAGGCCAGGCGCUGCCCCGGCACGUGGACAACCCCAUGUUCGAGGACACCAUCGUGGGAGUGGUCCUGAAGUCCGGCGAGCCUUGCGAUGGGCUGCGGCUGUGCCAGGAGACGCCCUCCCAGGGCUCCAAAGCUUUGCUCGCCGAGGCCGUCGGGCUGGGCUUGAAGGCAGGUUUCUUUGCGGAGCUCGGCUUCCGGCUGGAGGAGGAAGAUGGGCUCUGCUUCUGCCUGCAGGGACCUGCGCGAGAGAUGGCCCAUGAGGUGCCGGCGGUGAGCUCCGAGCGCUUGUCCCUCACCUUUCGGUGGUUCCGGGAGGACUUCUUGGAGGAGUUGAGGCACAUGGAGGCCCGUCUCGAGGACGACCUGGCGAGCUAA